ACAAAAUUCCAGUCUGAUGAUACCAGCCCCGUGCUUAUUGUUCAUGGCUUACACGCGAACCCCCGAGACUCGAUAACCGCUUCUCUGUGUGCGAACGGCACAGGUCUCGAUCCUGUUCUCUGCGCUUCAAACCAUGGCUUACGAACAAUCCUACUACCCUCCUCCGCAGCAGAGACCCUACAAUGGUCCCGCCGCUCCAAGACCGCGCCCUCCACAAGGCUACCAGCAACCGCCGCCCCAACAGCAACAGUAUCCCCCCCAGGGCUAUGGGCAACCCGCCCAGGAUUACGGCUAUGGUGGGCAUGACAAUGGCUACGCGCAUGAUUACAACGGGGAUGCGGGAUACGAUAUGAACGGCGGAGGAAGAGGAAAUGGAUAUCCGCCGCAGAAUCAGAACUACCCGCCUCAACAAGAGUAUUAUGGCGAUCCGAGAGGUGGAGGGGGGAUGCCGCCGCCGUCAAAUCGUGGUAGAGGUCCGGCUCCAAUGCAACGGCCGCUCCCGGCGGAUGGGGGUAGAUCUGGCUAUGACCCACGAGUUGCUGGGCCAGACAGAGGAUAUGCAAAUGAUGGACAACCGAUCGGACCUGGAAGAGGGGGUAGACCUGGUCCAAUGGACCGCGCUGAUCUAGGACCGCACCCGCCACGAAGAGUUAUGAACCCUCCAGGUUCCCCGGAGAAAACCUCAUGGGAUAACCCAUUCCCUACGUUUCCCGGCGUGAAGAAGAAGCCAACGCCGGCGGAACAACAGAUGACCCAGAAGAUGGAGAGCAUGGAACUCGGAGGCCCACCUCAAAAUAGGCCAAGGACUGCCGGAAGUAAGGGGGAUCAAGACAGAUAUAUUCCGGGAAGAUCUGGACAGGCUGAUGAAUAUGGUCGUCCAAUGGGGCCUCCUGGUCGAGGUGGACCUGUUGACGACUAUGGAGGACCUUCGGUAGACGGCCAGAGAAUGCCGCGAAAACCCCCGCCUCAGGGACCAAUUCCGCCCCAACCCCAAGGAUAUCCCGAUCAACGCCGUGGUCCUCCCCCCGGACCAACGCCAGGGCCAGCACCAGGGCCUGGCUAUGGACCGCCUCGACAGAAUGGCUACCCAGAUCCCGGAUAUGAUGAUAGAGGAGGGUAUGGACCUAUAUCGCCAUUGCGUGAAGGCUUUGCUCCUCCUCCAAGAAGCAUGACAAUGCCCACCGAACAACAGAUGCCAGCUCCACGUCAACCGCCCAUGAUGAAUGGCGGAGCCCCUGAUGAGCGUCCGUACAAUGGCCCGAUCGGAAGAGGAAUACCUCCAAGACCAUCAACUGCUAGUGGAGUUCGGCCACCACCACAAAAGCCAUACCAGCCUGCAGCGCCUCAACAACUCGCUCCCGCAGACUCGUACGGUAAUCAAGGUCCAAGGCAUCGCCCCCAGGAAAGCAUUAGUGACUUUUACGACUCGUAUUAUGAUGAGCCAAGUAAUGGAUCCCCACAACAUGUCAGGUCGCAAUCGACAAGUUCCGAAAUGCCGGAUUUUGAUAUACUGCAACAAAAUUCCAGUCAUCGACGGGGGCAAUCGAUUGAUGAGCACAUAAAAUCUGGAGAACCACGCCAGAUCCAUCCUGUCAAAUCACAACCGGAUUUUAGAGCUCAACCGCAGGCAGCUGUGUUUGAAAUGGCAUCAGAAGUUCCUCCACUGCCGAAUCAAUACCAACAAGGUUAUGACCAAGGCUACUCUGGUGAUGGAUAUGCACCGCAGAAUGGGUAUGAUGGUGGGCAGUCCGGAUACGGAGGCUACAGCGAGCCGCCUGCACAAAAUGGAUACCAGCCACCAGCACGAACCACAUCUGCAGCACCGAGAGGCGGUCUCCCCAAUGGCCCAAGGAAUGGCUUUGGUGGCCCUUUGAAUGGCCCUCCACCACAACAGAACGGUGGCAUGGGACCUCAAAAUGGGGCUCCUAACGGGGCUCGUAACGGAGCUCCUAAUGGGCCUCCUAAACCAUUGUCACCCGAUGCUCUACCUUCCCAUCCAACACCUGUUCGUGCAGGCCUCAUACCGAACUCUCUCCCCAACCAGAUUGGCGGCAAACCUCCACCGGUCCGCAACUAUAAUAAUACCAGCCCUGGCAACCCGCAACAACCCCCCCAAACCCCCGGUUCUACGUCCGGUGCGGCGACGCCCGUCACCACCGCCGAACUCGACCAACUCAGAGAAACCACAAAAAGAAACCCUUCAGAUCAGAAGACCCAACUUACUUUAGCUCGCAAAUUAGUGGAAGCCUCGGAAGUACUCGUUCCCAAAAUUCCCGACCAGAAAGCCCGCAAUAAAGCUCGGGAGAAAUACAUCUUGGAAGCCCAUAAACUGCUCAAAAAGCUGGUUGCAGCUAAUAACGCGGAAGCUAUGUUCUAUCUUGCCGACUGUUACGGCCGUGGGGCCCUCGGUCUGGAGACGGAUCAAAAAGAAGCCUUCUCCUUGUACCAAUCGGCGGCCAAACUUGGGCAUGCUGCAGCCGCGUAUCGAACAGCCGUGUGCUGCGAGCUCGGGAGCGAUGAUGGAGGCGGAACGAGGAAAGAUCCUUUAAAAGCGAUGCAGUGGUACAAACGCGCGGCAACGCUGGGAGAUACGCCCGCUAUGUAUAAGAUGGGAAUGAUUCUUCUCAAAGGCUUGCUCGGACAACAUCAAAACCCACGCGAGGCAGUAGGAUGGCUGAAACGAGCCGCUGAGCGGGCGGAUGCGGAGAAUCCUCAUGCUCUUCAUGAAUUGGGGCUGUUGUACGAACAGCCCCAGAGCCCGGACAGCAGCAUUGUGCGGGAUGAAGCGUAUUCGUUGUCUCUGUUCCAGCAAGCGGCAGACCUAGGAUACAAAUUCUCCCAGUACCGGCUCGGCUGCGCGUACGAAUACGGACUCUUCAACCUCCCUAUCGAUCCUCGCCAAUCCAUCAUGUGGUACUCCCGCGCUGCGGUGCAGGAGGAACAUCAUAGUGAGUUGGCGCUGAGCGGAUGGUAUCUGACGGGUAGUGAAGGUGUGCUGCAGCAGAGUGAUACGGAGGCCUACCUGUGGGCGCGAAAAGCGGCCAUGGCAGGCUUGGCUAAAGCCGAGUACGCCAUGGGCUAUUUCACCGAGGUGGGCAUUGGCAUCCCUGCCAAUCUGGAGGAUGCGAAGAGAUGGUAUUGGAGAGCUGCAGCACAAAACUUCCCCAAGGCGCGUGAAAGACUCGAGGACCUUAAGAAAGGAGGCUCGAGAUCGGCAGUCCGAUCUAGAGAACGCAUCUCCCGCUCCAAAGUCGGCAAGCACAACGAAGGCGAGUGCGUCGUUAUGUGAUAAUUGAUCAAAUGACUCUCCUUUGCCCCCGGAUGGUAGACAAAUCAAAUAAAACGACCUUUACGAACAACGGAAAAGGGAAAAUAAACACGGCCGCAAAACAUGACGCGAACGAACGAUUCAUGUAUAUAUGAUAUA